GCUGGUUGGUUGACUCAGGAUGACAGCUGAGCGGGUCUCAAAGGUACAGCAGCACUGUCUGUGAAUUAACAACAAUCAUCACAAACUCCGUGUUUCAGAGUGGGACUGCUUUCCCCGCGUGUCGCGUGUUUUCAGAGACAGACUCAGGCGCGUGAACACACCUGAGGACGUUUUCAGCGUUUUUAAGGAUUUUAUUCUUUUUCUCUUUUUUCACCGAGAGCAGAAAAAAAGACCCGAGUCCGGAUGUGCCAGCAGUGUUUGGUUUUUCGCAUGGCGUAGGCACCUUUUCUGGAGCAGCAGAUCCUUCAUGUGUGCAGGGUCUGAGGAGGCCCUCGGGUCGACCGCUUAUCCAUCUAUCAUUAACCCCAAUCUGAGAGAAUUCUCUGGAAAAUGAUCAACCAAAUGAUUGUGCAAUAGAGGAAGAGAAGCGUUCAAACACGUCCUCUACCUCAGUGUUGUGACUGUGGAGAGAGAAAGAGAGGGAGAGAGAGAGAGUCACCACCAGGAAUAAACUCUGCUUUUGUUUCCUGUCGAGACCCAAACGACGAGUUUUCGGAAGCUUCUACUGGGUGAAGGGGAAUAUUUGCGUCCCUGUGUUGUGUGUGUGUGAGAGAGAGUGUGUGUGAACCCCUCACAGGACCGGGAGAACCUUCACGAUGACGGGCAGCAGCACCCCAGCGGACAUGAUUAACCUGCGACUCAUCUUAGUCAGCGGGAAGACAAAAGAGUUCCUCUUCUCUCCCAACGACUCGGCAGCGGACAUCGCCAAACACGUUUAUGACAACUGGCCGAUGGAUUGGGAAGAAGAGCAGGUCAGCAGUCCUAACAUCCUGAGGCUGAUCUACCAGGGCCGUUUUCUACAUGGCAACGUAACACUAGGAGCUCUCAAACUGCCCUUGGGGAAGACCACAGUGAUGCAUUUAGUUGCCAGAGAGACUUUGCCUGAGCCAAAUUCCCAAGGUCAAAGGAAUAGGGAGAAGACUGGAGAGAGUAACUGCUGCGUCAUCCUGUAAAUACACACCUCCGCCACUGGCCCCUCCAUCCUCCUUCAUCAUCCGUUCUUACCCCCACAGCAUCCUGGACCUUAGACCUCGUCCCCUGUCCUGGAGCCUGCCUACAGUGUGGAUAUUCAUACAGACACAUACACACCCCCACACACAGACACCAACUUCUUGUAUUCUUUUUAUAAACCCCCCCUCUCUCAAACUCACACUGACAUAGAAAGACAGCAGGCUGAUCCAGGAACAGAUUCAGGAGCAGGAUAUUGAUUAACAAUAGAGUUGAUUCCGUUUUUGUACUUGAUGUGUCGUCAUAAUUGAGAUUAAGAGGAAGGAACUGGACUUGCAUGUGGGUUUUUUUUCAUUAUUUUCAGUAAUGCACACCUUGUUAAAGCCUUCUGCCACACUCCUACACACACCGACACACACACCGACACACACACACCCUGUCCAGCCAUCCUCAGCAGGUCUGUUAAAAGUCAGCCUCUUACCAGCUCCUCAUUCUCUCGCUGGUUGUCAUAGUAAUGCAGUGCCCAAGUUUGUGUGUGUGGCCUUGUUUUCUCAUACAGACUGCUGAGAAUUUUAACCACUGACAUCACAACAACACACACACACACACAGACACACAAUAUGACAUCCUGUGUACACAUCCAACCAUAUGUGCUUGUGUGAUCUCCCUCGGUGCAGCAGAUGAAGCUUAGAUGUGCCUGAUCAGAUAACUCGAACCACAACACACACUUUCAUACUGUAAGAAACACACAUACAUACAGUUAACACACACACACACACACCUGUGUCCUUUUUACUGCCCUCCUCUGCGUGUGCCCUUUAACGUCACAAGGGGAGAGAUAUUCUGUUUUGUUUGCAGAGCACACGCCGCUCUUUCAGUCGUCAUAUUCUAGCCAACCGAAGCCUAACAAACAAGCAAGCAAACACACAAACAAACCCGUGUCGGUGGUCUUGUUUUGGUCAUUUGUUUGUCCAUGACUUUAGUGACUGUGUUUUUGACAGUCCAUGCAUAUUACCGACCGAGCAGUGUUGUGAUUAAAAUGACAUCAUGUCAGUUUCCUCCCUCCUCCCUCCUCCCUCGUAGGAAAGCCUCCUGACGUGCUCCUUUUCUAACAGUGUUGUGAAGGAUAUCUCUCUUGACAAUUGCUGCCCAAGCAGGGAAAUUAACUCGGGAUGAAAAAUGUUCCUCGUUUGUCUUAAUUCACUCUCCCCUAAUCCUCUUCUUUGCAUUAACGAAUCCAUUUUGCACAACUGAAGCAUGUGCUCCUCCAUCAGAUUAAUAAAACUGUAUAAAAGUUUUAUUGUUUUAUUUUAUAUUUUUCCAAUGGAAGUAAUGUUCCAAACAAACCAAGGUAACGUGUAGAAUAUAUUUAAUAUGAAUCUUAUAUAGAACAUGAUGACUCUAGAUCUUGUUGCUAUACGGUAUAUUGGUGUGUAGUCUAUGAUUGUGUAUACGGUUAGCUUCUAGCCUGUUCACAGUCACUCGCUGACAAUGUCUUGUGCUUAACAGCAGCAAAAAAGAACCUCCCUAAUCAUCGACAGACUGUAUUUUUAUUUUCUUCUGUGCUCUUUUAUUCUUAUUUUUUCAUUUGUGUAUAAUUUAAUGUAAUCCUCUUUCUUUGUGGGUUUAUUUUUUUUGCUCUCAAGAAUCGCUUUGUAACAGCACUAGGUCUUAAAAAAAGAAAUAUUGUUUAUAUUGAUCAGGGUUCAAAUCUGUACAGAGAUAAACGUUUUCAAACCAAUUGUAAAUAGCACUAAUACUCCCUGUACCCCUCCAAACUUCAAAAUGGAAUACAUCUGUAAACUAAAUAAAGGUUAUUGAAGUGCA